CACCUGCAAGAGAGCGGAGAAAGUUUUGUUGUGUAUUUAGUGUUUUGCUGAUGCUGAUAAGAAAAUGAACGGACUGAUUGUUUUCAACAGCGCCAACGACGUUGUUUUCCAAAAACUGAACGAGCCGCUGACCCAGAAGAUUCGGAAUGUGGCCAAAACCCAGGGUCUGCUCCGAGCCGGCGGCCACCUGGACAGCAACAUCCUGUUGCAGAUUUUCAGCCCCAUUGUUGGCUCUCAGCGGAUAAUGCAGUGCCAGUUCGAUAACGCCUACUCAAGUCUGCAGUGUGAGCAGGGUUUUAAUUUGGUGUUCGGCGAACUGCUGGGCUUCACCUUCCUGAAGAUCGGACAGAUUCCGGUCGAGCUGCUGGGACGCCAAAUGGGUGUGGCCAUUACGCUGACGCGAUACUGCUAUGGUGCCAACUUGUUUGCCGCCCAGGCGGGUGCCAUGCAACUGGAGCUGCUGACGCAGUGCCUCGAAACCUACGAGAACCUGCUGUGGCAGGAGGACCAGACAUACUUGCUGGAAGCCAUACCCAAGCUGGUUAUCAACGCGGAGCUGAAGAGGACUGUGCAUCUGACUCUGGACGCCACACUGGAGCACAUUCGGCAGCUGGGAUUGCCCCGGGCCCACGCCCUGUUGCUCGUUUCCCACAAACUGGUGGCCGUUAACAGCACCCGGCAAGCUCUGCCGCUCGCUGCCGCCGAUCUGCUCUUUCUCAGCCUCAUGGCGCGUGCCCUUCAGGCACCCAAAUCCCCGUCACAGCGGGCAGUGGCUGUGUUCCUGCAAGGAGUCUCUCACGACGUCAACUCCGGCUGCGUUCCCAGCAUUGUCCACAUCUCACGCCUGCACGGCAACCAAGUACUCCUGCAAGUCAUUGAGUACGCCCACAUGCCACUGACCAGCUGCAUCUAUGACUCGUUCUUUGUGCUCCAGAAGAUAGUGUCGGUGCAGCAUCAGGGCGAUUCGGAUGCCCUGAAGCCCGCCUACGACAAUCUGGAAUCCUUCAUUGUCCAAGCCCUGAACGCUUUGAAACGAUACCUGAAACAGCGAUCGGAAACAGAGGACCUGGAAAGCUGCACCAAGAAGUUCGCCGCCAAAUGGGAGAACCUACGCAAGAUGUACACAGAGUACUUCAAGAGCUAUGAGCGGGAGCUUCUGGUGAGGAUCGAGUCCAAUCUGCCCUCGUUUGGAGAGGAAUUAAAGCAGAUAUUCACGCUGGCCUGCUGCGACAGCUCCUGUGUCCACGAGCUGGACCAACUGUCCGAUACGGCAGCCAAUGUAGAGGCCAAGCUGCUUGAGUUCGCCGAAUUCUUGGCCGUCAAGGCCACUCGCAACAUAUCCAUUGAUGCUUACUUGGAGGACUUUCCCGGCCUGGUGCACUUUAUGUAUGUAAACCGUAGCAAGGGACAAAUGCUGGCUCCAGAUCUGCGACCCAACCAGCUGGUGCCCAAGACGAAGCUAUGGAGCAUGGUAGACAUCACAAGGAGCUACCUUAAGAAGGGCCAGACCACAGUGAUGUGGAAGGACAAGGCAUUUCACUACUCCUACUUUCUCUGGUUCGAGGAUCCGUCGGGUGGCAUUCUCAACACCAACAUGGAUUUGCAGCAGCACUUUUUGUCCUCUGGAGCAGCUAGUGGCAAUGGUUCUAAGUCCCCAACCGAACCAGGCGCUCUAACCAUGGACUAUUACCAUGAUCUCGCGGAUUUGUGCUUUCCCAAGCUAUCGCCGGCCAAAGUGCGCGUUUAUGAGCUGUACUGCAUCCAUCUGGGACUAGUCACCGCCACCUGUGCCGUGGAGCAUGCCCGUCGACUGGUGGCUACCAUCAGCGAUGUAGUGGGCGAGGAAACAUUUUAAAUACGUUAACCCCCGUGCAACCUUAGCAUUCCAUGCAACAUUUCCAGCGUUAGAACAUGAUAUCUAGUCAAUUUUCGAAACUCUUUGGGGAGAUAAUCCAAUCGAAAUUCCUUAGGCUAAGGACAACUAACCACUGUUUGUUAUAGGCUACCAAACCAUAAAGAUAUUUGUAAAAUAAUUGGAACAUUUUUUUUCUUCAAUAUUCAAUAAAAACGUAACAAGAAAUCUG